AUGCCAGGCAAUGGUGGUGGAGAAGCCGCAAAUGGUGGAACAACAACAGGAGCAGCAGGACAAGGGCAUCAACAGAGAGAACGUGGCUUAGAUUCUGGUUUGGCCAAGUCUGCACCGAUUGCAGAAGGCCUCAACCAGAAAAGUUACCGAAGCUACCGUAGGCGAUUGCAGCUUUUUGCAAAGCAAUGUGGUCGUCGAGGUCGUGACACAGCGAUCGAAGGUACCUUUCUUGCAGUGAGUCUCCUAUAUGAUGCGGCAUGGGAAGCAAUUGAACAGUUAGACUUGGAUGAAAUAAAAUUGGAUGAUGAGCCCUUCAAACCCAUCUUCACUCUCCUUGACAAGCUGUAUCAGUAUGAGGACUUGAUCGAAGUACCAAGCCGAUGCGAGGAGUUCUUUCAGGAUUUCAUGAGACUGAAGAAUGAAGAUCUUCAGGCGUACAUCCUGAGACAUGGAACCAUGAUGAAGAAAAUGCGAGAAGUACACAUAGAAAUCCCGAAGCUCAUGGCGGGUUGGCACUUGUUGACUCGAGCUGGAGUACCAAAAUGGACGCAUGUGCAAGUCAAGUCCAUGUGUGGAGGUAACUUGGAAUACGACAAGGUCGUGAAGUCGCUCAUGAGAAUGUUCGGAGGUGACCACCGUCCGAACCCAAAGGACAUCGGCAAGAGCAGUCGUGAGGACGUUUUCUAUGAGGACAUGGAUGACGAGAUCUACUACCAAGACGAAGACGAUGAGUCAUACUAUGAGGCGUUCUAUGAGGACGAGUAUGACGAAGGCAUUGAAGAGGCCUACUAUGAGGAUGAAAUCCCAGAGGACAUCGAGCAUGCGGCUGACCAGGUGGAGGACGCAUUUGUGAGCUACGUGGAGAGCCGCCGCAGGAUGAGAGAGCUUGCAUUGGCUCGUGGCUUCUAUCCGGUGGUUGCACUUCCGCCGGAUGUCAUAGAAAAAGGCAAGGGCAAACCACCAUCGAGCUCCUCUACCAGCACAGCGCCUGGCAGUGAUUUCAAAUCCACGCUGUCUGGGUCAACUGGACAGCAUGGGCCAAGGUUCAAGAGAUACAGAGUUCAGAGCAGUGGCGUUAAAGAGGUUCCAGAAGAGCAAGUCAGCAUCGUCAUGGUAGCAACGGAAGAGUGUCUCUUUGCCAGUCUGGACACCGGAAAGGCGAUCAUCGACUCUGGAGCGUCAAGGACCAUAGUCGGUGAAAAGAUUUGGAAGAAGUGGAUAGCGUCAAGGACCAUAGUCGGUGAAGAGAUUUGGAAGAAGUGGAUGGACAUGAUGCGUCCAGCAGAUGCGAAGGAGGUGAAAAUGGAGCAUGUCAUGAGAGAUUUUCGAUUUGGAGAUCGAAACACUUUGCGCUCCAACUAUGAGGUGAUCUUCCCUGCGUAUGUCCGUGGCCAGAAGUUGUCUUUGCGAGCAUCGGUGGUUCCAGGACCAACACCAUUUUUGCUGGCAAGACCCACUUUGGAGGAAUGGAAAGUCAAACAAGACUAUGAGAACGCAAAGAUAAGAGACCGCAAGAAACACAUUUUGGAUCUCUUGGACUACAAGGAACCAGCUGAAGUGAAUCACAUGGAUGGCGAGAUUGUCCCCAAUGCAGUUUUGGCCAAGGACGAGAUUGUCCUCCUUGCCGAAAAGAAUGGUGACAGCUGGUGCAUUGAGCCAAGUUUAGAGCGUGAACCUCAGGAUGCGCCAGCCAGCGACAAUGUGCAGGUUGAUUUGGAGGAUGCUUUGGAGAUGAGCGAAAAGACAACAAGCAACGUUUUUGCUGGGAGAAAACUUCUGUUUUGGGAGUUGUACGUUGAUCACGGCAAUUUGUCAAAGUACAUGGCAGAGAAAUAUCCAGAUGUGCAAGUUUCCAAUUUCUCACUGCCUGAUUGGGACUUCAGCAAAGAAGAAGAGAAACAACACCUGAAGCACUGCAAAGACGUUCACGACAAAGCAGAAGAGAUUGUUGCAGACACUGGCAUAGAAAAUCCAGACAGAGCAGCAUCAUGGAAGACAGAAACGUGGGACUCCAUGGAGAAUUUCUAUGAUGCCACAUGCGACCGUUGUCGCACGGGGUUGGCAUACUACGAGAAUGGAGUUUUCAAAGGCAAGGUCAAAAAGAGCACAAGGAUCAGAACUGGAAGCGUCGAACUGGCAGAUGCACUUUCUCUCCAAUGCGAAUGCCCCCCAGGUUCACAUGUACAGAUGGUGGGCAAAAGCACUGCGCUGAAGGACAUGCAAAACUAUGAGCUUGGUUUUGUAUCCAUUGCAGAUCCUGUCAUCUACAAUCUCAUGGAGGAUAAUUGGAGGAAACGUCAGAUUAGCCAAAUCAUGGUCACGGAUGAAGUGGAUGAGACAGAGAAAGAACUAGAGAAGAAGAAGCAGUCAUCGACACACCGUCUCAUAGAACAUGAUCGACGUCUCUCCAAAGAAUUUGGUCCAACUGCCCUCAACGUGGUGAAGAAACUUCAUCGCCAACAGGGUCAUCCAGGAAAUGACCGCCUUGUCAGAGCACUCUGUGAUGCGAAGUUUGAUGACAGUGUCACAACUUCUUUGCCACAAACAACCCAUUUCAAUGACCUUUUGGAGAUGGAUACUUUUCACCUGAAGUGGCGUGGUGAGAAGGUGAAGGUCUUAGCAAUGAUGGAUCUUCACACCAGGUACGAAAUCAACGAGGUGCUUGGCCGUGAAAUUUUGGAAGAAGAGGUUGCAGUGUUGGAGAAGUGGAUGCAAUGGGCGGGUGCACCUCGCCGAAUCCGGACAGACUCGUCAGGAGCUCACAUGGGAGAGGAGAUGCAAGCCUGGUGCGAUGAGUUCGGCAUCAAGUUGAUCUUGGUACCUAAGGACUCUCACAAUCGCAUGGGCACAGUGGAGCGCCUUCAUGCAGUUCGUAGAAGACAACUCAUGAAAAUGAUGCACGAGAACGAGAGUUUGGAUGUCAAGAAGGCAGUGAUCAUCGCGUGCUCACAGCGCAACAGACUGCGCUCAAUCCAUGGCAUCUCUCCUGCAGCUAUGGUGCUUGGAUACACACCGGAGGAUGAUGGGAUCAGUGAUGAGCCUACACGACUCCGGGUACAAGGACGACAAGCACACAUGGAGGAUCAAGCAGUCCGAGCCCUGGCAACAAAAGCUUUCUAUGAAGCCAACACUGACGCCACUCUUCGUCAGGCAAUGCUGGCCAAGACCAGGACAGGACAGUCCGCUGGUUGUGGGCGAUUAUGCCUGCUACUGGCGUUAUCAACAUGGACAAAGAGCUCUCACGUUGGCGAGGUGAUGGCACGUCGAGAGGUUCCUGCAGAACGAGAAGCUCGCCCACAAGCUUUUCCUGACACGGCCGCACGAGAUUUGGAGAAGGAAGUAGAUGAAAAAGGUGACAAGCGUGAGAGAUCAAGGAGCCCUCCACCAGAGGAUGAUCAACGUGUGCGCAUGCUGAACAUCUCCCACGAGGCAGCCAGAAAGCUGGAUGGUUUGGCCCCUCGUCCCUUGACCGCAAAGGAGCUUGAUGGAGCUUGUCGAGAGCUUGAAGGAACUCGUGACAAAGAGGUAGGAUCUGACGAUGAACUGUUGGCUGAGGAGUUCAAUGAGAAGAGACUCAGCCCUGAAGAAAAGAAACUCUUUGAUGAAGCGAAAGAUCAAGCUUUGAAGGUUUGGAUAGAGAAUGAGGCAUGGCGUGCAGUUCCUAUGGAGGAGGCAGACCCAGAGGAAACAAUCCCUGCUAGGUUUUUGCAGAGAUGGAAGCCCAAGCCAGGUGCGCCCGGUGGCAAAGUGGCGUUUGGAUCCUGGGAUUUUGGCCCAAUCAUCCGAUUUUGCGGAGCAGAUGUGGAGCAAUCUUUGGCCAACGACAGCUUGACCAUUUCCAUGAAAGAGUAUGUGAAGAGAGUACAUCCCAUUAUAAUUGAGAAGAAUCGCAAAGCCAUGCCAAAUGAGCCUUGCGAUGAAAAAGAGUACCGAUGCCUUCGUGCCCUUGUGGGUGCACUUGCAUGGCCUGCAAACCAAUGCAUGCCACAGCUGUCAGCAUCAGUGAGCAUUUUGCAGGCAUCUGUGGCAAAGCCGCAGAUCAAGGACGUGAAUGAAAGCAACAAACUUUUGAGAUUUGCAAAGAACGUAGCACAGGAGUACAAGAUGAAAAUGAUCAAGCACGUAUGUCAAAUGAAAGAUAUGAAGUUCUCUAUGUAUUCAGAUGCGGCAUGGGCAGUUCGCCCAGACGGAACCAGUCAAGGGGGCUUCAUGAUUUUUGCAGCUAGCGAAGAAGAACUUCGAGGUGGCCAGCCGAUGAGUCUCACCAUCGUCGACUGGCACUCAAAGAAAUUGGUUCGCAUGUGCAGGUCAUCUUUGGCGGCAGAAGCUCAGGCAUCAGCAGCAGCGAUGGAUGAACUGGAAUGGUGCAAGAUUUUUUGGGCCACCAUAAUCAAUCCAAUAUUGAACAUUGAGAAGGAGGCCACGUUGCAGCUGAGUGGCUUGUCUUUUGUUUUGACGGACGCCAAGAGUCUUUAUAACUCCUCCAAGUCCGUCACUGCAGGUAUGCAUCUCAGUGAGAGAAGAACGGCAAUUGAGGUAGCGAUUGUCGCGGAAAGGGUGAAAGCAAUGCAGGCAGAGUGGAAAUGGAUCAACUUUUUUCAGGAGUUGGCAGAUGGAUUGACAAAGCCAUCAGCCAAAAACAAAUUUGCAGAGGUUCUCAACAGAGGCAAUCAUCAAAUGUGUUUUGACCCAAACUUCACGGCAGCAAAGAAAGUGACUCAGAAAGAUCGUGAAGCGCAAGAAAAAGAACUUCAAGAUGCAACAAAUGAGCAGAUUUUUGGAUUUACAGAAAUUGAGAAUAGAGAGAAGAAACCAGGAGAAUGUCAACUGGCGGAAUACAGAAAACCAAUCGAUGAAAAAAACAAGAACAACAAGUAUUGCAGCCGAAGGCAUUUCUACCUUGACCACCAUCGCAAGUACGGUUGGUCUGAUACGUGGAAAAAGUCAGCAUCUAUGGCUAUGGCAAUUGAGACGGCAGAAAAUGUUGCAGGUGCAGAGGCCCCAAUCAAUGAGGCAAUUUUGGACGAUGAAGAUGCAUCUGAAGAAAACUCAGAUCAUGAGAAUGACAUCAUGUUUGCUGAGACCUACGCCCGGCCGAGCCAUGUCGAUCCGAGCGAGGAGCAGCGAUGGCGCGAAGCCUAUGGCAAGUAUCCUGGAACGUCCAGCACUGUGGAACAGAUGUAA